GGAAGAAGAGGAAGAAGAGGAAGAAGAGGAAGACAAGCGAUUGGCAAAGAAAAGACAAGACGGAUAAGAAUUGACAAAAAGGAAAACGCCAUUUUUGGAAAGCAGCAAGGAAUGGCAUGAAUUGAAAUGGUGAGUAAAAUGAUUCACCGACGUCCAAGUGUCGUGCAUGAAACAACUCGCAGGGGAGAGAAUGUAUUACUGUUGCCUGCGAGGAUAGGAAACCCGCUGUAAUUGAAAGUCUGAAAGAGAUCUUGAAGUGUGAAGUUUGGAGAACUUUAUGUAUGGCAAUAAAUAAGGAUGGGAAGACCAUGUUACACAUGGCAGGAGAGGUUCCAGCAGAUGAUAUGCAUUCCAAAGUUUCUUAUUCUGCCUUAGAGAUGGUGUGGGACGCAAAAUGGUUUCAGUAUGUCGCAAGCCUUGUACCACGACACUAUUACCUUUUGCGUGAUAAAGACCAGAAAAUCCCGUGGGAAAUCUUCAAGAAAACACAUGAUAAUCUUAGGAAGGAGAGUGGGGAGUGGCUGAAGGAGACAUCUGAAUCUUGCUCUGUAGUGACUGCGCUUGUUGCUGCUGCUUCCUUUGCAACCGCCACCACUGUUCCUGGUGGCAUAGAUGACCAUGGUAUGCCUCAUUUUGAAGGCAAGCCUGCAUUCGAUGCAUUUGUUUUUUCUUCGCUAUUUGGACUUUGUUUCUCAGUCUCCGGACUCAUAAUGUUCCUUACCGUCAUCACUUCUCGAAAGCUACCCAGAGAAUACCGCAAAUCAUUGCCACUCAAACUUGCAUUCGGCUUAAGUUUUCUUUUCUUAUCCAUUAUUGCAUUGCUUGCUUCUUUCUGCAUUGGCCAUUCUUUUCUGUUCAAUCACAAAUACAAGAAGGUCAUAUUACCAAUUUAUAUUACUACUUGUUUUCCAGUUAAUUUCUUUGCCCUGGAUCAGGUGCAACUCUACGUUGACCUUCUGGCAGCCAUUUUUUCUACGGUGCCAAAUGCAACUGAUGAUGACGGACAAAAUUAUUAGAACAUUCUACCAUAUCAGUGUCGUGUUGGAGUCAUGUCUUAUCAUAUCAUCAGCUUUGGCAAAUAUUUUUUAUUCUCGCUUUUCAUCAUGCAACUUUCAUCUUUAAGCAUAGAGUGUGGUGUGUGUGCAUUUGUGCAGUAAACAUAUAUUAUUAUUAUCAGCUGCGAAAUACAGCUUUUCAAUUGUACCCACUUUGUGUUAGAUGGUGUGUUAUGUUUGAGAUUAAGGAGACAAAUUUAUAGACAUUCCCUGCGUCAA